AUGUCAAAGUCUUUCUUCUUCCUUUGCCGGGAAAAGCCUUCGAUGAGAGCAAUCCAUCUCAGAGCGGAUCCUGAGCUGUCUGUAUCUGAACUUGCAUUGCAAUUCUUCCGCCAGUUCAACGACUAUUUCGCCAUGUCGUCUGCACCAGGUGAAUGGGAGAUCUACAAGUUCAAGAAGGAGGUACGUAUAUCCCGGGAGACCCGUCCUCCGUACACGUUUCCCGCAGACCUACACGAAAUCGCCGAUUAUCUCCAUGAUGCCACUGAAUUGUCCUCACUUCUACCUCGAUUACAAGAACAGGAUAAAUACUAUCAUGGAAUCAUCUCCGUCAACUCUACGAUCCAGCCUACAACCCACAAUACCGAGGAGAAAGAUGUACUUACAGAGUUACGCAAUGUUUAUAACACUACCAUUGCACAGUCUCGUAGAAGCCAAACGCCUAGCGAGAUCUCCAAGUCCGCCAAUUAUCGUCGGAACCAGGCUACGAAGGAGACCUUGUUGUUGGAUGGUAGAUACGAUUUCCGUGACCCUGCCAACACUACGGCACCCCCUGUAGAGCUCUACAAUCCCGCAUUCUCUCAGUUUCUGGCUGACAUUGCCGACCCCACCCUGGAGGUCCCAAAGAAACUCAUCCCCAAAGUGGCAAAGCUGAUGGAUCUCGCCUCCGCGAUUUACAAUGCGGAAGAAACCCGUAGGACGAAGCUACAGGGACCUCUCAACGAUGUGAUGGAUUGCGCCUUAGCAAGAGUAACAAACUCUGACGGCACGGCUCCAGACGCUACAGGCCUUCACGUCCUCCUCAAGACAACGAGCCAGGCCGCGGCCAUUUGCAUUGAAGAGUAUCAAAACGAGUACGGUGAGGGAUCAACUGAUGUUACCACACAAGCUUCCUUCUCGAUGCAGCGUAUGUGGAGUCUUCCUGAAAAUAAUUUCAUUCGGGAGCGUUGUUGUUGCCCCACAUUCCUUAUUGCAAUCGGGGGACCAUGGUUCGGGGUUCUUGGUGCAGUCCUUACGCACAAAUGCAUCGUACAGCGCCUCACCGAUCUCGCCUGGCUUGGCCUCAGCACGCCUUUGGAAGAGCAACACUGCAUUCAGCUCUCCAAGCUGUUCUACUCUCUCGCUCGCGCCCUCCAUCGCCUUCGUGAGUGGUACGACACUGAGUUACCUACUUUUUCCUUGGCGGAAGCACCAUCCCACCCACGCUUCUUCCCGUCUAUCACCUCUUACCCUUCUCCUUCUGGGAAUGUGGUCUUUCGCUAUCUGCGGCCGCUGGAACGCGACAAUGCUUGCGUCGCCUUUCUCGCGGAAAUCGUUGAAGGUCCGGAAUGCUUACUCGAGCCUUCAAAAACUGAUGAACAAGGACAACUGAUCGUCGUCAAGUUCGCAGCGCGGUACUGCGUUGAGGCCCAUCAGCUUCUUGCUGAUAUGGGCAUGGCUCCGAAGCUGUUUCACUGCGGCCAAGCGCAACCAAGACGCCCAGGUCUGCUCCUAAUUGCAAUGGAGUACCUCAGCGGCACCACAGUCAAUGGUCUCACUGCCGACCAAUGGCAAGCCUGCAAAGUCCAAUCCAAUGUGGGCAACAUUGUCAAAGUUUUGCAUGAUAACGGUCUUGUGUUCGGAGACCUUCGCACCCCAAACAUCAUGUACGUGAACAGUUCGUUCAAGUUGAUCGAUUUCGAUUGGGCAGGGAAAGAAGGCGAAGCUCGGUAUCCCCCUUUCCUAUCAACUGGUAUUCCUUGGCCUCUUGGCACGCAGCCGUAUGCUUUGAUUACUCGAGAACAUGAUAUGGAAUGGCUCCGGCGACUUGGAUGA